CGCGGGGCGCAUGAUCUAGCCUAUGUUCUGCUGCAGAGCCCGCGAGCUCUGGCCGGGCCUUUCCGCGGUGCACGUAGACAGUAUCAUCCUGGCCCUGAGAAGAAACUCAAGAAGAAGAAACUUAAAGAUUAGAUGGGGCUUGACCUCUGCUGGGCAGCCCCCAGCUAUAAGAGUUCCCCUCCUGAGCAGAGACGAUGACUGCAGAACUGAGAGAGGCCAUGGCCUUAGCCCCCUGGGGCUCAGUGACAGUGAAAAAGGAGGAGGAAGAGGAAGAAAACUUCCUAGGCCAGGCAUCUAGCCAACAAGUGCACUUGGAGAACAUCAAAGUCUGGGCUCCUGGGGAAAGUCCCCAGACAGGCCUUGUCAUAUCAGAACAGGAGGAAAAGGAUCCAAACAUGUUCUGGAACAUGGCUGUAGUCCUGAAAGCAACACAGGAGGCACCUCCUGCCUCAGCCCUUGGCACCUGCUCAUUAUCAGGGACUCUGGCCAAGAGUGAGAUACUGGAGACACAUGGGAACAUGACCUCUCUAGGUGCUGAAACCAAGAACCCACAGUUACUGGUUCCAAAAACUGAGAUAUGUGAUGAAGCAGAAAAACCCUGCAUAAUGCCAGGAAGAAUCCAGAAAGUUAAUCCUCCAGAACCUGAGUUAGGAGAAGCCUGUGAAAAAGGGAACCCGUUAAAGAAGCAGAGAAUCAAGAGGGAAAAGAAAGAUUUCAGACAAGUGACAGUGAAGGACUGUCAUGUACCUGAAAGCUUCAAAGUAGAGGAAAACCAGAAAUGUCAGGAACCUGGGGAAAGGUAUAGCCUUAGUUCUAGCUCUGUUAAAAAUCAGAAAAGCCAGCCUGGACAGAAGCCUUUUACAUGUAGUGUGUGUGGAAAAGGCUUUAGUCAGAGUGCAAACCUCGUAGUGCAUCAGCGAAUCCACACAGGGGAGAAGCCCUUUGAAUGUCAUGAGUGUGGGAAGGCCUUCAUUCAGAGUGCAAACCUUGUUGUGCAUCAGCGAAUCCACACUGGACAGAAGCCGUAUGUUUGUUCAAAAUGUGGGAAAGCCUUCACUCAGAGUUCAAAUCUGACCGUACAUCAAAAAAUCCACUCCUUAGAAAAAACCUUUAAGUGCAGUGAAUGUGAGAAAGCCUUCAGUUAUAGCUCACAACUUGCUCGGCACCAGAAAGUCCACAUUACAGAAAAAUGCUAUGAAUGUAAUGAGUGUGGGAAAACAUUUACUCGGAGCUCAAACCUCAUUGUCCACCAGAGGAUCCACACUGGGGAGAAGCCCUUUGCCUGUAACGAUUGUGGCAAAGCCUUCACCCAGAGUGCAAACCUUAUUGUGCAUCAGCGAAGCCAUACUGGUGAGAAGCCAUAUGAGUGUAAAGAAUGUGGAAAAGCCUUUAGUUGUUUUUCGCACCUUAUUGUGCACCAGAGAAUUCACACUGCAGAGAAACCUUAUGAUUGCAGUGAGUGUGGAAAAGCCUUCAGUCAGCUCUCUUGCCUUAUUGUGCAUCAGAGGAUUCACAGUGGAGAUCUCCCUUAUGUGUGUAAUGAGUGUGGGAAGGCCUUCACGUGUAGUUCAUACCUGCUUAUUCAUCAGAGAAUUCAUAAUGGGGAGAAACCUUACACAUGCAAUGAGUGUGGCAAGGCCUUCCGGCAGAGGUCGAGUCUCACUGUGCACCAGAGAACCCACACUGGGGAGAAGCCCUAUGAGUGUGCCAAGUGUGGUGCGGCUUUCAUUUCUAACUCGCACCUCAUGCGACACCACAGAACUCAUCUUGUUGAGUGACAAGUACUUGUUACUCCAGUCAUUGAUCAUAAUCCACUGCCCCCUAAUUGGACACGUCUUUGCUGUUUUUGUUUGUAAAAAUGAGGCCCGCCAUGUUACAAGUAACAGUUUUCAAGAAUGCAGCACAGAACACAAGACAAGCAUUUCAGAGGCUGACUUAAAGAAAGUGAAAGCAUCUAAAGGCAAGGACUGUGUUUUAAACUGUGCCCUCAGUAGUCCUGUUUGAAAUGGAAUGUGGCUUUCUUUAAAAUGGGUCGUGCAAAGCUAAGUGAUAAAGAUCCUGUUUGAGGAAAGGUA